GUUUGCCCCGAAACUGGGGCCUCUGGCCUAUUAUCCAAUAAUAAGAACAAACCAAGAAUAUUGGACAAGCCUUCUUUGGCUCACUGCCAACAACAUCAUGUUGAUUGAAUCAAUCCCCUUCGACCAAGUUACAGGACAAGCAAUGAUCGUGAUCAGUGAGUGAGCAUCUAUAGGACGCCUAAGCCGGAUCUCCGUCAGCUCACCUUACGAUCACCAUCGUCACCGCCAUAGUCAGCCUGUCGAUCUGAGCCUGACGCAUCAUUAUCACCAUUAUCAUCACCUGCCAGGACACGUGGAACCUUUACCCUAUCUGACCUUGUCCUGGGCUCCUGGACAUUGUGACUCGCAUGACAGCCAGUCUGCCAGUACAGCCUUGUGAUCAGCCAUGGACUGGCAAAUUGGUUACACAGGAUCCAAAAGAGUGAUGUAAUGGUGCAGCGAGGACAUGUGACGAGCCACUACAGAUGUCUUUAGUGAGUUUCUCGACUCUUUGUUCCUAGUUACCUACCUUUGGUAGGUGCCAUAGGUAAGUACCACAGGGCAAGCCAACCCAGUCUCGUCAUUCAAGGCUCAGGCAGACUUUGAGUGUUCGCCAUGUUCCUACCACAUUGGCCGUGCGACGAAAGAUACGGCACCGAGGUUACCGCUCGCGACGAGUACGAAUACGACUACCUACCUUACACCUGGCGAGCGUCUUGAAUCGAAGUGUUCUGCACGUGACACAACUGGUCUUUCGACUUCAAUCCUUUCCAAAGCACAUGCCACCAACAAGUCAGCAGAACUCGUGAUGCACACAUGCCAUCUAUAAAAGGAUCAAUGCACAUCUCUCAGACAAGGACACUACGUGAAGUUCAACAUCAACACUGAGAUGGCGCCAUCACCCCGGUAUCAAGAUCGCACCAAUUACAGCCAGCCUCAACUCCAACAACCGAACAAUGUCGCAUCUCUUACAUAACACCCACCCACGCUGCCAGCCGCAGCACCUGGUAGUGUCUCUAAAAACAAGCCUUACUGUUGCAUUCGGGGUCACUGUGUCUUCGAGUAUGGAAAUAUGAAAACAGUGAUCGUCUUUCGGCCUUGUGGUCUGCAAUUCAAGAUCAAGACAUGUCACUUGAAGACCAUCACACGGACCAUAUCUGAGUCUCCUCCAUCUUACCAACAGUCACUGAUCAUUCCAACAUACAUAUGUCUGUAUGCUGCACCCCUCUGGCUCUCCUUCUCCCGCAACAUACAUCUAUAUGUUCCACUCGUACAUCCCUGUUGAACAUCUCUUCCUCCUAACGCUUGUCAUCAGCCAAGCAGUCCUGGCGGAGAUCAUCAGUCUUGGCUGGUUACAAUGACCGAACGCUCCUACGAGUCAUUGUAGGAUUUACCUUGCAUCCUCAGGGUAUACCUGGAGUUUCCACCCCGACCAUCAUCCCACUCUGCAUCAUGACUUGCUAGAUCUGGUCAUCAUUUCUUGAUCCUGCUCCGUCUUGCUACCACCUUGUAAACUGACGCGAUUUCAACACUUUAUGGCGAGAGAGUUGAGCGUCUAGAACGGUUUGUUGUAUACAUAAUUCUGAGUUUUCACCAUCAUGUCUACAUUGCCAUCUAGCUGUCAAUCUCGACACCAGGUCUCCUCUAUUGAAACUAAUAAAGGGGCCCGUGAAAAUGACGUCGUCAUCGUCCCCCGAAGCUAACAGCCCCAAACAGCCUCAAUUGGAAGAAGGUCUUGAUGGAAAGCACAAAGUCACUCAGAGUGCAGACUAUGAUGCUGCUGAUGCCUCGUCUUUGGAAGAUGUCACUUUUAAAUUCGACGAUUCCAGGAAAUUGGGCACCACGGGGGCGGUGUUCUUGAUUUUGAACAAGAUGAUCGGGACUGGAAGUAUGUUAUGGAAAUCAGAUUUCGCUACCCUUUUCUACAACUCGUGGUCAAACUCGUUUAAUACUAACCGUGACAGUCUUCUCGACACCAUCAGGCAUCUUUGCAGCGACCGGGUCUGUGGGUGUAUGUCUUUUCUUAUGGGUCAUCGGUGGUAUCCUCACCUUCGCCGGGUUAAGUGUAUUCCUCGAGUUCGGCCUCGCCAUCCCCCGCUCAGGAGGCGAGAAAAACUACCUUGAACGAGCCUAUCAACGACCCAGACUCCUCGCCACUUGCGUGCUCCUCUCCCAAAUGAUCCUCCUUGGCUUCUCCUCCGGCAAUUCUCUCGCCUUUGGACGCUACAUCCUCUUCGCCUCCGGCAGCGAAGUCGCCGACGGAUGGCAAGCACGAGGCAUUGCCAUCGCAUGCGUGACAUUCGCCGUUGUCCUGCACUCCACCCUUCCUAAAUGGGGAAUCCGCCUCUUCAACGUCUUGGGAGUCUUCAAAGUCGCCGUCCUCCUCGUCAUCGUCUUCGGCGGCUUCGCCGCCAUGGCCGGCCGCCUCAAGGUCCCCAAUCCACAUAACUUUGACAACGCAUUUACCUUCUACUCUGGCGAAACAUGGGGAAAUGGCGGCGCAUAUGAAUACUGUACUGCAAUCCUGCGUAUCGUGUAUAGUUACAAAGGAUGGGAGAAUGCAAACUACGUGCUUGGAGAAAUCAGGAAUCCCACCAGAACACUCAAAGUUGCGGCGCCGUUGGCGAUCGGUGGCGUGACGAUUUUAUAUGUCCUGGCAAAUGUCGCUUAUUUUGCAGCCAUUCCAAAGGAAGAAAUGGCCACGUCGGAAGUCAUUGUGGCGGGAGUUUUCUUUCGCAAUGUCUUUGGAAAUAGUGCGGCGGCGAGAUCGUUACCGGCGUUUGUGGCCAUCAGUAAUUUGGGGAAUGUGUUGGCAGUGAGUUUUGCUCAUGCACGACUGAAUCAGGAGUUUGCAAAAGAGGGUUUGUUGCCCUACAGUCGUUUCUGGGCGUCGAAUAAACCGUUUAAUGCUCCGGCUACUGCGCUCUUCCUCCACUGGCUCAUCACAGUCAUCAUCCUCGUCGCACCACCCGCCGGACCAGCGUAUAACUUCAUCACCGAUCUAUACACAUAUCCCGGCGCAUGGAUCAAUGGCUUCGUGGCCCUCGGCCUCCUCUACCUACAAUUCAACAAAUCCGAGAAUUGGACCUCGCCAUUCCAUACCUAUCUCCCUGUGACAGUGUUGUUCUUGGCCUCGAAUGCCUUUUUGGCAAUUGUGCCUUUUAUUCCUCCCACGGGUCCCAAGGAUCCAGAGGGAUAUCCGUUCUAUGUCUUUCCCGUGGUUGGGGUGGGGGUUUUGUUACUGGGAGUUGUCUAUUGGGGGCUGUGGAUGAAGGGCUUGCCCAAGUUAUUGGGGUAUAGGAUUGUAGCGGAGAGAUAUGUUUCCGAUACAGAUGGGAGUGAGACCGUGAGGUAUAGGAAGGUUUAUGGGAAACAUUUGUGAGAUAAUGCGAGGAGGG